AUGGAUGAGGGACAGUGUCGUUUAUCCUCUUUCUUUCCAGAAAAAAGCAGGGUCUAUGUUGGUGUGAGAGUGAAGAUCACAGUGAAAGAACUUCUGCAGAGAAAAAGAGCGUGCCAAGAAGCCAUUAAACCCGUGGCGAAAUCACCAGCCCCAGCAAGUGUCGAAGUCUCUUCAGUUACUUCCUUGCCCGACUGUCCCCCCACCAAGUCGCUACUACCACCAUGCAACAAUCUGCCGUCGCGAUCUUACACAGAAAACAUGUGCAACAUGCCUCUGGACAAUGGAUACGUCGGUGACCACCAAAUGAUGAUAAACAUGAUGUCAACAGACCACUUUAAUAGCAGCGGAGUUUAUUCUCAGUACUCGUCUCAAGGAUAUUCUCCACCAAACUUGGACUACUACAGCAACUGCGUGGUUCCAAACUCCCCAUCAGACUCCUUCAAUCUGCCGAGCCCGGUGGACUGCAAUCCGUAUUCGUCUCCCUACUCCUACUCAUCCUCCACCUCGUCCUCGUGUUACAGCUCGCCGACGCAGAUGGACCUUGGCUGCGGUUUCAUGCCAGAUAAUCACCACCCGUAUUGUAAUCUCCAGCAGUGCCACUGCCUGUCGCCGCUGUCAGGCUCACAGGAACCCAUGGCUCAAUUAGAUUACUCCUACGGUACCACGGAUUGCUGGUCCUACUCCACUGCACUCGACGACUGCUACUUCAAAAGGGACCCUCUAGACGCGUGUUACCUAUAGUGUCAGAGCGCCAGACGCAGAAUAUUACUGCCUGUUCAUUUCAAAUGUACCGCUGUAGUAUAUUUCAUUCAAGGGCCUAGAAUCUCACAAAAAGCACCAUAUUUGGGGAAGAAGAACAAGAAAAGUGACUGGUUUUGUAUGUAUUACAACUGAAAGAACAAACAAAAAAACACAUUUUUUAAACGUGUAUUUACUUGAUUGUGUGUGUUUG